ACCUGAAGACGUCACUGGGGGUAGUGUUAAAGCAGAUGUUAAAUUACCACCACCACCACCACCACCACUGCUACUAUCACCACCUUUAUCAAUGAUGAUGAUGAUGAUGACAAUGACAUUCCAUUUCAUUUGUUUUUGUUGUAUUUUUCAGGGGACAAAAUUCCCAUUCCUAAAUCGGACAAAAUUCCCAUUCCUAAAUCGGACAAAAUUCCUAUGCAUAAAUGGGACAAUAUUCCCAUUCCUAAAUGUAAGUAUUCCAUUACUUUCUAAAGGACUACCAUUUCCCCGUCAACAGAUCCUUCUAGAAUUCCUUGCUUCUCAAAACUCACCAACACCACUCCUGGCAUACCUCCACACCCUUUCUUUGUUAUGACUCUUUUAAUUUUUUAUCUUUUACUUGUUUCAGUCAUUAGACUGCAGCCCCACUAUUUAUUUGCUUUUUUAAGCCUGGCACCUAUUCCAUUAGUCCCUUUUGCCAAACUGCUAAGUUACAGGGAGGUACACACACUAACACCAGUUGCUAAAUGAUCUUCGGGGACAAACACACACAUAACAAACUUCUUUCAGUUUCUGUGUACGAAAUCCACUCACAUGGCUUUGGUCAGCUUGAGGCUAUAGCAGAAAACACUUGCUGAAGGUGCCACACAAUGGGACUGAGCCCAGAACCAUGUGGUUGGGAAGCCAGCUUCUUACCACACAGCUAUGCCUGAUCAUAAUACUAUUACCUUCCUGCCUGAUGAUGAUGAUGUAAUUAGCUGCAGGGGAAGAUGCGUCAGUGAAAAUAGAGAGAAAUCAGAUUCAUUUCAAACUUCUUUGCAGUAUGGUUGUGCUUGAUGAGUACAAAGCUGAUGUUAAAUAUCAACUUCAGGAACAUUCUGGAAAAUAUUGAUCAAACACACAAACAAGAAAUGGUAAU